ACAAGCUGGUUCACACCACAUUCUACUGAGGAAAUCGCUUCAAAUAACCGAAAUCAUCCCGACAUUGGCUCCAGCAGCUCCGCAACUACCUACAGCUCGUCAAAUUGUUUGAAUAUGGAUGAAGGAAUUCUGACGAGAGACGUUGAAAUGGCUUUCAGUGAUGAAAUUCCGACUUUUUCUAAAACCGUAAUUUUUUUAAAAAUUUCAAAAAUAACAUUAUAUGAUUUUGCAGAGGACCUCCAAUUCCGUGUUUCCUCCUGCACCUUAUCGAAAUUCGUUCAGUUUCCAGCCCCGGACAGCUCAGCGGUUCCUAAUUCGAAUGCUCAGCAAGAAGUCCAACUUCCACAAGACAUUUCUGAAGGACGUGGCUGCGGAGUUGGCCAGAAGAGCAACGUCCGUCUUUACGAGAUCGGACCCCGACUGGCCCUGGAACUCGUCGAAUUGAAGAAGGAAUCGAUAAGGACGAAGUUCUCUAUCACAAGAAUAAUGCGAAGACUCCAGAUGAACUGAUGAAACUGAGAGUUUAUAUGGGCAAGAAGAAGCACAUAAAGAAUCGUCUUGAGCAGGAAAGCGAGCAACGCUGCUGCUACUGGACAAGUUGAAGAAAGUUGAGAAUCAGAAGGAGAAGGAUAGAGAGAUUGUGAUGAAUCGAAAUAGGUACACAUUGCAAUAAUUGAAUGCUCCUAAUUUGAUAUUUUUCAGAGAUAGGACGUUCAACAGAUCGUGGUGGAGGUGGAGGCUUCCGUGGAAGAUCAGGAGAUCGCGAUGGAGGAUUUUGAGGUGGAUUCGAUGGAGAUUGAGGAGGCUUUAGAGGACGUGGAGGUUGUGAUUUCCGUGGAGGCGAUCGAGGAGGACUCAAAGGACGUAGCGGAGGGGCGAGGUGGAGAACGAGGCGGUUUCCGUGGUCGUCGUUAAUUC